AUGACGGGUCGUGAUCGUCUUCUAGAAAUGAAACAGCUAUCCGGUAUGGAAGAAGGAAUACUUCAGCGUAAACCAGAUACAGCGAUUCCGGAUAAUAGUCUGGAGCAAUUUUUGGAAAAUGUUGAUGCGAUACGACAUGUUCUGAUGACAUUAAAUAUGGAUCGAGAGACAAUUCGGAAAGAGCAGGAAGACUCAUUAGCAUCCGGUUGUGCAGAUCAACUGAAAUGUCGUCGAGUGAAUGAGCAUGGUGAUCAAUUCAUUCGUCAAGCACGAGUUGUUCGUCAACGUCUUCGUGAAGCAACAGAGGACUUGAAAAACUAUCCCGAAAACACUUUCGGGACCGGCAGAGCUAGGCAUGAACAGGUUCGCGCUCUUGUCGCUUCAUUCGAAACAAUCAUGGCAAAGUUCAGUGAAGAUCAUACCGAAUACAAAAAUAGAGCCGGACUAAAGGUGGCCGCUUAUCUACGAAAACAAAAUAUCGAAGUCACAGAUGAUCAAAUUGAUUAUGCUAUCGAAAAUGGAAGUUUAUUCCAAUUGACACGAAAUAUCACGAUGAGAACAGAACAGAAGAAGUCUCUUUUUGAUGAUGUCAAGAACCGGGCAACUGAUAUUAUGAUUAUUGAAAAACAGAUUCAAGAAGUUGCCGAGUUAUUCGAGGAUUUGCAUAGUAUGAUCCAACAUCAAGGCGAGACAAUCGAUCGAAUCGAGACAAGCGUAUGCAAUGCAACAGAAUACGCUGGCAGAGCUGAAAGAAAUGUGAAAGAAGCCGUACAGUUGCGUCGAAAAAGCUACAAAUGGAAAAUUAUCAUCUGCAUUCUUCUUCUUAUUCUCGUGUUGUUUGUGCUCGCAAUGAUUAAAGUACUGUCGCCAAUUUAA